AUGCCACCCAUCUCUGUGUUCCUGUCCUACGUGGACUCCUUUGUCGGCAAGCGCCUGCUGCGUCAGUUUCAGCAGUCCCCAUCGCUCUACCACGUAUACGGCUGCACAUGGGAUACAGCCGCCGCAGUGCAGCUCAACACCGCUGCGUCGCCUGCCCAGCAGAAGCAAGCGGCGAAGGCAUGCGCCGCUGGUGAUGGCGCCGCCGGCGCAGCAGCGAUUCCGGUUGGCGUCGAGGAAGAGAAGAACGUCUUGGAGGAGAGCUGCACCACGCUGAUGCCCGGUGAUAGUGCCUGUGCUCACAUGGAUCUGCCGUCAGAAGGGUCUGGAGUACUCGGAGCUGCAGACAGCGACCCGGCUGCGGGAGGAGUGCUUGUUACCGGGGCUCGCACCAAUGACAGCGACACGCCGCUCACAUCGUGUGAUGCCGGUACGUUUUUUUCACGCCUCGACUCCGUGGCCGUGCGUGCUGCACUGCUCGCAUGUGACUGGAUCGUGCUGGAGCUGCGGCAGGCUCAAACAGUGCUUGAGAUGGUGCAGUUCCUGCAGAGGCAGCCCUCCUAUCCGCAACCAAAGCGCCUCGUCCUGCUCUCCAGCCUCAUGACGUGGUACGCCACACCGUCGCUGGAAGAAGAGCAGAAUGCUGCUGGCGACGGAGAUGACGAGGACGACGGCCCUGGCGCGGAUGACGAGGACGACGUCGAGACUCCGUACCCCCCUCCUCCGCCACGUUUCCUGGAGCGCAUUGUUGCGACGGCGCAGGAUCGAUCUCGGCACGCCGUAGUGGACGCGAUGCGUGGCGACAAAACCACAGCCAGGGAUGAGGGCAACGGUAGCGACGGCGGAGAGAACGACGAUGAGGAGGGGGGUGGUGAUGGCAAUCGUCCCUCCGGCACGGAUGGCGGCGCCGCCGUGGCAUCUGACGCUAGCGCAGAGGUGUUGACGGAGGAUCAGUACAACCGUCGUGUACCGCAUCUACAGUAUCUGAACUGGCGCGAUGCCGAGAAGGCGGUCGCAGCCGCACAUCACGCGAAGGGCCUACCGUUGGACACCUUUGUUAUUUGUGGAGGCCUUCCCUACGGAGGCGAGGAAGACCUACUCGAACCUCUCUUCCGCCUGGCCUGGUCUGCCGAGUCGGAGAAGAAGCAAGACGAGCACGCGGCAACCCCAGCGACACUGCCGAUCUUCGGCAGUGGCCGGCAGCGCGUUCCACUUGUACACGUGCAGGAUCUUGCCUGCUUUGUGCGCAAACUGCUCCGCUGCCCCGCUGACGCCCUGCCGUUCCCUGAGCGGCGCUACCUCUUCGCCACCGACGGGAGCAACCAAAACUCUUGGCAGGACAUCGUCUCCGCCGUGAACCGCAUGUUUGGUGGGCGGUGUGCCAUGCACCCCGUCGCGCCAGCAUCGUACCCACUGUACCGAGAUGUGGAGCACUUCACUAUCGACCUGCGUGUCGAGCCGGAGACAAUGCGAAUCAUCAUGGAGCGCACCGACGAUGCCGAGGAGGUGGCCGUGCCGCUCGACUCGGCCGCCUCCGAGCAACAGCUGCUGCCGCUACCGAACACAUGGAUUGCAGAAGGUGGCAUUCGUCGCCAUCUUUGCGCCACGGCAGACGAGUUCACCGCCGCCCACCACGUCCAACCGCAUCGCAUCGCCAUUGUUGGGCCCCCGCUAGUUGGAAAGACGUACCUCGCUACGCGCGUGGCGCACUACUACCGCCUGCCGUGCGUAUCGCUGGACUCGGUCGUGCUCGACUACACGAACGCCUUGAAGGAACUUCGCUCACGCGUGGAGUCAACGAAGGCCGCAGUGCGAGAAGCCGAGCGGGCACGCCGCCUUGGGCUGAAGCGGCGGCGCCUGCUGGCGCAGCAGCAACGCGAGUGGGAUGCCCAGGCUGAGCGUGGCGAUGUCACCUUAGUAGGUGCUCGUGGAAGAGUGGCGCCACCGGGCGACAACCAGCAGGAGGCAGUUGACGCCGCAGACCUGGCGAGUCGUGGCAGCUACCACCUACCCGGCAGCACUGUAAAUGGCGCAAGCAGCUACAGUGGACCAGGGGACGCGCCGACAGAAGCCGGCCCAGGUACCCUUGUAGCCUCGGUAGCGAUCCACAACGACGACGAAGCCUUUGCAACUGAUCUGGCCCUUACCCAGACGGAGGAAGAAGAGCUCAACGCGUUUGUGUCGGAGUGGUGGGCAGUGCAGCCGCAGGUACACGCGUGGACUAGCAAGAUUGCGGAGAUGGAACGCGUGAUGCUGCUCCGGCUGCACCCACGGCCACCGACGCCAGAGGCAAACCCGAAGAAGAAAACCGCCGCCGCUGGUGGGGGCGCCAACGCGAAGAAGAAGACAAACAAGGAUGCGCAGAAGACGCGGGAGGAAGAAGAGGAGGAGCUUCUGCAGCUCAAAGCUGCUCUGCAGCAUGCGCCGUUCCAACCCCGCGCCCAGGCCCUUAUGCUGCGCUGGCGCCUUGCCCAGCCGGAUUGCCGGGUGCAGGGUUUCGUGUUGGAUGGGGUGCCGAUGACGUUGGAGUUGGCGCGGCUCGUGUUUGGCGACAGCGAGGAUGCGCAGCUCCAGCUGCCGCUGACGGAGGAAGAGGCGCUUCGGCCGUGCUACGCCAACGAGGGCGAUGCCGCUGCAAUCGCUGGUACUGGUGCUGCAGACGACGGCCACGACGACAAAGAAGCUGGCGCUGCGGAGGCGCCGCCGCCAAAGGAGCUGGCAAGCGAUGCAUGCCUGCCAAAUCACGUCGUUGUGCUCCAAGCGUCCAACACGUACCUGCUGAACCGCCUUAUGGCGAUGGGAGCAGCGUCGGAGGAGGGCGCUGUGACGGCCUGCGGCAACAACGACGCCACACGCGCCGUCGACAUUGAAGCCUUCCACCACGCUCUCCAGGCAUACAAGCGAGAGUACGUUGACAGGCCGUACUCGGUGCUGAGCUACUGGGAGAAUGCGGUUGCCACUGCCGCGCCUCUGCUGAGCACUGGCAGCACUACGGGCGCGGAACGGCGCGCCGAGGUGCACUUGGUGUCCAUCGAGGGCAACGAGCCUCUUGUCCCACCGAUGCCGCCCACGUCCGCGUAUGCACCACCGCAGCUCAGCUGCACGGAGCAGCUGCUCGAGCAAGUUAUUCUCGGAUGUCCUCAUAAUUUUGGCAAGAACCUGGAGGAGAUCCAGCGCGAGGCUGUGCGGCAGCGUUGUCUUCUGGCCGAGGAGGAGGACGCCUACGCUCAGCAGGUGGCGACUCAGGCGGCUGCCGAAUCCCUGGAGUGCGCGAAGGAAGCUGAGGCUCGCUCAGCAGCCGCGGAGCGACUUCUUGAGCUGAAGAAGGCGGACGUGGCGGAGCUGGAGGCGCGCAAGCUGCCGAUAGCGAACUACCUGCAGGAGCGCGUGCUACCCCUCCUGCACAAGGGUCUUUUGGAGGUAUGUGCAAGGCGGCCAGGGGACCCGGUGGAUUACCUGGCGGAGUGGCUCAUUCGCAACAACCCACACGAUGACAUCUUCUGCGAUCUCUGA